AGUUGAUCAUCUUCCCAACCGCGGUUAUACAACUUUGGACAUUGCCAGCAAUGCUUGCUGUACAUUCAGAACAAGGUGGUACAGUCGAACAUAAAGGUAGGAGUACUAAUGGGAGCAAAAUAUACAAAAAGAUCGAGCUCGGACAACUUACUCCUCAUAAUAUCAAGCAAUUCAGAUUGAUAAAUCAAACUGUAUUCCCAGUCACAUACACAGAGAAAUUUUAUAGUGAUGUUCUAAAGAAUAGUAAGAUGUGCAGACUUGCUUACUUUAAUGAUAUCGUCGUUGGAGCUGUUAGCUAUCGGGUAGAGAAUGUUGUUGUGAAGCAUGUCGAUUUGGCUACGGAUGAUAAUAACGGCCAAGCUAAUCAAACUGUCAAGAAGUGUUAUAUUAUGACUUUGGGAUGUCUUGCACCAUACAGAGGCUACGGUGUUGGUACGCUUAUGUUAAAACAUGUCAUUAAGAGCUGUUUAAAGCACGGUGGUAUUAAAAGUAUUUAUCUGCAUGUUCAUGUUGGUAAUGAAGGCGCAGUAGCGUUCUACAAACGUUUCGGUUUUGAAAUAACUGGAGAAGUUAGUGAUUACUACCGCCGUAUUCAUCCUCAAACUGCCUACGUGCUCGAAAGGUCCUUAUCAGCUACAGAAGCUAGGGAAUCCGACUCUGAAUCCGAUUAAACACUCCAAUGUAAAUACAUCAUUUAUUUACACUGUUAAUAAAUACACCAACAGCAUCUUGUCCACUCUUUUUUUGUUCAACUUCAUAUACUGCCAAAGUGCAGGUUUCAUGAAGGUAAUCGCUUAGUUCGUAUCUUUUGGGUUAGUAGAGUAGUUCAUUCACCUCAGUCCACUGGUCACUGAUAUCACCUACUUCAAAACUUUUGUUACAUAUAAUCUAGUAUUUAUCGUGACUAGGUACAUGUUGGUAGUCCGUAACUAACGUGACAAGCUUUAUUAUAGUAUAUUGGUUAAUAUUAUGGUGGUACGGUUUGGAUAGCUGUAUUAUCAUCCGAGAGCGGUCAUUUUAGUGAUCUGGUUAUACUACCAGUUCCUCGUUUGUACUUAUGAAUAAGUCUUUUCAGUAAAACUGAUAUGUCUAUGUGCAAUGCUUAUAUUUAUUCACCGUUUCCUGUUUUUAUCUUUUCGGUCAGUUUUAUCAAGUUAUGUCUAAGGUCUCCUUAUUUUAUUUUUCAAACUCACAUUCGCCAAGCAAGUGCGUUCACAUUGUGUAGAUGAUAUAAUAAAACGCCCCCCCCAUUAUCACUACAUAUGCUUACUAAUUCACACCAAUGACAGGCAUAUGGUACCAUUAUUACUGCACCAAGCUAGGUUUUCACAGUUUGUGGAGUCCCAUCAAUAUUUGAGUGUAAUAAGAUUGUCAUGUUUAAGUAGCCUUAUAUAUGACGGUGCAAAUCAGUGACCAACCAUAUGUUCGUAUGAGGAGCUUUAGACGAAGAUAAGAUAAACUUUAAGUGACUGAAUAUCGUGUGAUAAGAACUAUGGUUUGUUGUUUAGAAUUCGAUAAUUCAGAUUGAUAAGCCGUAAAUUUGGGUUUAUUACCACUAAGAGUUUUUAGUUUUGUUCUGAAAGAUUGGGAGCAUCAAAAUUCACAGUUAAUAAAGCUGACCAAACAUAACUUAUGAAGCGUGCAUUACUGGUCAGUCUAUGUUUUUAUUCUAGUAAUUAUACAUUUUCAGCCUCACUUUUUUCUCAUGGAUUGUCGUUUCGCUUUGUAAUAUAUUUGAUUGUCUCUCUUACGACUGUUUGUUUGGCGGAAUUAAUAUUAGUAAAAACUUCUCAUAAUCCUACUUUGUGUUUACGUUUCAACGUGAUCGAACCAAUACAUAUGUAGUGUUCAUCUGACCUUAAAGAAAAUUUUCGCUUAGAUUACCCUUGAAAAGAGUUGAGAUAACCGAGCAUAAAUUCACCAAUAACUUAUUGAUUCCUUCAAUCAGUUUGAGACGCUUAAAGUAUUGAUGGCUACCAAUGUGAAUGUAAAAUUCAUAACGAUAACAAGAUCAAUCUAAGUUAUCAUACAUUACACAAACACAGUUGAAGGAAAUCAAAAUAAGAGGCAUCAAAUUAGUAAGUGUUAGUAGCGGGAAACUGGAUGAAACAAGUGAGAGCCUAAUAGGAAGUAUGAAUAAUCCGAUUAUUAGUACUUACUUGAAGUUAGAGAAUGAACUGGACAUCAUUUAUGUCAUACAUAUAAAAGACAAAUGCAGUCUUAUCGCCCCGACAAUUUUCUAGUCAUGUGAAGCCUUCAACUAUCAAUAAUUGCUCUCGUACUAAACACAUGGCAUAUAUAAGUGGUUCCUUAAACGGGUAAUGUCUCGUGGUUUGAGCAACUUUGGCGUUGAAAAACUUACUAUGCUACCCAUCGCUAUUCUCUAAAUUUACAACCUUAUCAGAUGAUUUUCCAAUUUUACAGAGCACUCUAUUUACGAAAUAACCCUAUUAACCUGGCUAUCAUUAUUAAAAGCGUCUAGUGAUUCGAAAGCACAUGAUCAAAUACACUACUUAUCUUCUUUCAGUGACCAUACCCCAUAACUUUAGUGCAUCUUGAAAACAACUAAUACCCAGGAUACAAAUACAGGUGGUGUAAGUUGGUAACAACUAAACAUGACAUUUUAGGUCGUGCAGCUCGCUUGUAAUAUAGCCACUAGCAUUUGUGAUUUAAGAAUUCUAAGGUUCAAAACCAUAAGCAAUUAAUCAUUGAAUCACUGUAUGUAGCUGACUGGUAAUUAGCUUUUAACUAUGAAAAUAUUUCUCUAAUGACUCGUCUCAGAACACUUCCUAUAUUGGCACAAAAACUAAUUUGUGUGAAAUAUAAAACAAAUGAAUGGUUACGAAAUUUAGAUAUGUUUUAUAUCCGUUAAAUUGGAAACUAGAAAUUAAGCAUGCGAGUCUAUAACAUUAUAUUAUUAUAAACUUAGAAAUUUAUGAGCCAAAGUGCUGCUCAUUCGUGUUUAAGAGAUCUUAUCUGUAAAUUUAUAAGCGUUCUAAAUUGCACCACAAUUUCAGAUAUUACUCAGUUUUUAUCGAAAAUGUUUGACUAACUCAUUACUAUAUAUAUUGAUGUUGUGGCUUAACAGUCCAACGCCUAGCGUUCGACUGUUGUGUUGCGAUUCUAUAUUCUUGUUUGCUUUGGUAGUCGUCCGCACACACAAUAGCUGUAAACAUACUAUAUGAAUUGUUUACGAAGUUUAAUUCACAUAUAUUUCUAGGCCAUGUAUUUACGCAUAAGAAGUGUAAAUAACUUCCUUUACAAUUGUAGUCUCUAAUGACCUCAUCACUUUAAAUUAGGUGCCCUGACCAGAAUUCUGAUUCCACAUUUGAAGAGCGACAGACAAAAUUACGAUCUUUUUUACACUAAACUUCCGAAGCCAGGCUUCGUUGAGCCACUCAUCAGUCAUUUGAGAUAAGGUAAAUUCAUUAAAGUUGCUGUAAAAAUGAGCCAGAUGAUCUGUUCUUUCAGUAGCUCCACGCAGAAUCUUUAGGAACUGAUUUUUUGGGCCAUUAUCUUACUGAUACCAGGCUUUUGGCUACUGGUGUCUCAAAUGUUCUUGAACAACUCCCAGCUAUUACCAAAUUUAUCUGUGCCGGUAACUGGUUAUAGAAACCAUACUUUCAGGUUCUUGCGUAUACCUAAAUUUAAAAACAUUUUUUACACUAAAUCUUUCACAAUAGACCACUAAAUGUAAAGAAUUUGUUAGGAAAUCAUUAAAACCCAACACUGCUUUUUAAGUUGUGAACGAGAAUUUCGCAAGUGUCAGCAUAUUUUGCAGUUUAUCAGAAACAGCAUAGUUAAUUUCAGGUUGGUUACUUUCUGAAAUCAAGUCCAUGAUCUUUUAGUGUUAGUAAAGUAUAAGGAUUUCAAGUCAUUUCCAUCUGAAAUAGCAAGUCGGAUUCAGGCUUUUCAUGUCCACGAUGAACUAGGCUCUGGAAAAUUGAAAUAUAGUUUAUGAAGCACCCCUAUAUAUUCCAAGCAAGCUGGCACUUAUCAGAGCUGUCUGACCAGACUGUUACAAUAAGUCAGCUCAAAACUACAUCUUUCAUACCCAUUAGUGUAGAUAAAUGAUUUGACAAUGAGAACCUCUGUUUUACGUAUCUUACUGAUGGAAUAUAAGAUACGUGUACUAAUAGCAAAAAUUCACGAUGAUUAAUGUUUCCAGUUAGCCGUACAGCGUCUCGUACCUGAAGGUCACAGCAGAAAUUAGAAUAACACAAAACAGUCGAUUUAGGCAAAUAAUGAUAACGAUGUUCUGGAUUCGAGGUUCCCGAGUUAGAUACUAUUCAAUGUUAUACUUGUGGGACGUCGUUAAUUAGUACUGCAAAAUUUCCUUAAUAUCGCUGAUAUCAAUGCAAAUAUUUGGAAACAUCGAUCCGGGCAACUGCUUAGCUCGUGAUAAAGGACAGUAUGUCAAAAGCCCACUAAGUCGAUAGCUUAAGUGUAUAGUAACUUACAGAAUUUUGUAAUCUAUCAGGAACAGGGAAAUGCUUUGUACAUUCAGGUCGAUGAUGUUCUUAACGUUCUUUUUUCCUAACGAAAUAUAAAGUUUAGUGCAAACCCUUUCUAGUUAUUAAAAAAGAACUUGUAUUUUAUAACUGAAACUUUCAGUUUUGUAUGGCUUAAUUGAAACUCUGAUGUGAUGAUUAACUGGAGAUUUCUCUAAGGGAAACAAAAUGAGUGAUCCUUAGUCUGAGUCGUGUUGGGGAUGCACUUUUCAUUGUUCCAAUCCAUUCCUUUUGUAUUAUAUACAUUUUCCUACUGUUCAUUAUACCAUUAUUACAUCUUCAUUUUAUUCACUUACGCUUCCCGUGUUAAUGCAACAAAUAAUUGUGGUAGGUUAAGAUUUGUUUGUCUGAGUUGUUAAUAAACAGUUUCAUAACAGACUGUCCACUAAACUAACCCAAUUUAGUAUCAAGAUGAAUUAACAAUUAUAUAGUAGCUUACUACCUAUUACCAACAUAAUCCAUCUAAUAUGUGUACCAAAUAACUUAAAAAUUUGAUCUUUGUAAUUACACUUAAGGAAAAUGGUAGUUGAGAAUGUCAACGAUUUUCGAUAAAAUCCUAUUCCGUAGUGUUACUUCUUAUGUAAUCCACAAACACCAUACAACAAUAAUCAUACCGGACAGUCAAUAUACCAACGAUUAAGUAUAUAAGAACCUACGUUUGAAGGAUAUAUGGGAUUCUAAAAGACUCAAUCAAUAUCAAAGUCAAAAUCCCCAAUACGAACGUCAAGUCAGUUCUACUAUACCGAGCUGAAACUUCGAGAACUAUCACAAACAUCAUCAAAAAGUACAUGUAUUUAUAACAAUUUUCUACUCAAGAUAUUCAAUGUCCGUUGGUCGGAUACCAUCAGCAACAGCCUACUGUGGGAGAGAAGAACCAGUUUCCAGUUAAAGCGUAAACUAGGAAAUGACGCUGGAGGUGGGUAGAACAUACAUCUAGGAAAUAAUCAAACUGCAUCACGAGUGAAAGACCAAAGAACAAACUGUGUUACGGAUUGAAGCAGACAUAAAGAGAACGUAUAGCAACUGGAAACAACUGCCAAGGACAGAGUAUGCUGGUAGGCGGCCUAUGCCCCUCUACAAGGGGUAACAUGUAUAAGUAACACAGUACAUAAUUAAGUGUACUCAAGAAUGUGACUCGAGAAAUUUAAACAACUAAAAGUCUUGAUCCCACUGUUUAUCUGACUAACUAACCAUAAUUAAUGAAUUAAUUGGACAUAAUUAUGCUUUUUCGUCUAAUCGAAACCAGAGUUAAAUUGUACGAUUCAAAGUAUACAGUGAAUAUAUACAAAUAUAAGUUUACAGAUUCAAAUCUUUGUUAACUAACAAUUUUG